AUGAGCCAGGAUGAUUCUCAGUCCCUCCGCUAUGUGCGGUACGAUAGUUCGCGCGAGAACGAGUAUGUUGCCGCGAUGCGCCAAUUGAUUUCGAAGGACCUCUCGGAACCGUACAGCAUCUACGUCUACCGCUACUUCCUAUAUCAGUGGGGUGACCUCUGUUUCCUCGCGAUGAACGAGAAGGACGAGAUGGUUGGAGUGGUGGUGUCCAAGCUGGAGCCCCAUCGCGGUGGCCCCAUGAGAGGCUAUAUCGCCAUGCUGGCCGUACGCACGGAAUACCGGGGUCAGCGCAUCGCAACGAAGCUAGUGCGCAUGGCAAUCGAUGCAAUGAUUGAAAGACAAGCCGACGAGAUCGUCCUCGAGACCGAAAUUACCAACACCGCCGCAAUGAAACUAUACGAGCGUCUCGGAUUCCUUCGCAGCAAGCGACUUCACCGGUACUAUCUGAAUGGCAACUCUGCGUAUCGCCUGGUACUCUACCUGAAGGACGGGGUUGGCUCCAACCGAACGGAUUUCGAGCUAGGGUCACUUCCUCCGCCAAUCGCCGAGGCACCAAGUGUGGCUCCUGCAGCUGUGGAAGGAAAUGGGAGGGGGUGA